CGUCUGCAAUGAGACAGAGUUUACCGAAUCAUAGGAAAGUAACAAGAAAGGUAGGGCAAAAUUUCUCUUAGUAGAGAGUCCUGUCUUGUUCAUAUCAGAUGAACACACAGUAGCUAAAGUGUAGAAACAAAAUAGUGGACAGGAGGAAUAAACUCGUCAGAUGAUUGUACACAGUGAAACGGAGCUGUUUGACUAAUUGCGAAACAAAACAAGUCCACGGAAUUUGUUCCACGGGAUUUGGCAAAGAAAGAAGUACAGAGCGUUUUCUCAUCUCUAAUGGUUCCUUACCUAUUUGUAUAGAAGAUAGCAAGAUGCAGGAACCAGAGGCAUUACCACCAACGUCCAAUGCAACAUCGGAAACACCCGAGACAACACUUCCUAAAGAUGAGGAUCAAGUUUGGGAUGUAGCUCCAGAAUGUUCCAUUUGCUUCACGCCAUAUGAUAAUGUCUUUAAGACACCUAAAGUUCUGCAGUGCAAUCACACAUUCUGUCUGGAGUGCCUGUCUCGUUUUGUCAGUGUUUCACCAGAACAGAAAGGCACCCAGAUUACCUGCCCCCUUUGCAGACAGCCAACUUCUGUGCCUGAAAACGGUCCACCAGCUCUGACCACCAGCCAGGAGGUUCUGGGGCAACUGCCCAGCCACCAGCAGCAAGAGGAGCGUGUAUGGCUCGAAGGACAGAAGCUCUGCUAUGCAAAUCCACAGGCACCCAAUGGUGUCUGCAUUAACAUUGGGGGUAGCAAGGAACAGAAUGAGAACAGACAAGAGGAAACGGAGAAUAACAGGAACUCUCUGAGGAACUGCAUGGGUCUACUCAAAAGGUGGCAGCGACUAGUGAUCUACCUACUGGUGUUGCUCAUACUGCUCAUCAUAGUCAUCUGGCCCAUCCAGUGCAUCUUCAACCGGGGUUCGACAUCAGGCUGCUUUAUGAAUCAGGACAUGCACCUGAUUACCAUCACUACAGCGUCAGCCAGCACAAAUGGGUGAACAUUUUCAGGAUUUAAUUCUUCUGGUGAACCUGCAGUGAGGUUGAGUUUACUCAGGAAUAUUCAAAGACAGUGCUACAGUCAUGUAAUGAUUUCAAUUCAGCUCUUCCACAAUAAUGGAAAUUGCUACAUCCUGGAUAUUGUGCACUCUGCCAUACAGUUUACACUUAAGUUUUUGAGAGUUUCAUCUAUACUUUUCAUAGCAGUCUGAAAUAUUGAAGAUUAAUAUUCCUGCGAAAAUCAACUGAGCCAAAAAUCUAACAAAUUGUUAUCGAUAGAUGAGGAGUGCUUUGGUUGAAACCUUAAGUUAGUCUGUCUUUCUGGUAUAGUUAUGACAAAACCUCAGUCAUUUGAAGUUGAUCAUUUUGUUGUUGGAAAUCAAUAUUAUAAUUCAGAUUUGGAAAAUAAUAAUCCAGGUACAGUGUAAACUUACAGACAAGUGUUCUUUUUGCUUGGGAUUGUGCUAUGACCACAAUCAUAGUACAAUAUGACUCAAAUUUAAAAAAAAAAAAAAGAAAUAGUGGGAAGCACAAUGGUGCAGUAGUUCACUGUUGCCUCACAGCAAGCAGGUUCUGGUUAAGAACCUCAUGGCCGAUUGGGUCCUUUCUGUGAGGAGUUUGCAUGUUCUUCCCGUGCCUGCAUGGGUUUCCUCCAGGUGUGCCAGUUUCCUCCCUCAGUCCAAAGACAUUUGGAUUUGGUCAACUAGCUACUCUAAAUUGCCCAUGUAUGUGAAUGUGAGUGUGAACGGUGGUCUGAUACUGUGUUAGCCCUGCAGUAGAUUGGCGACCUGCCCAGGGUGUACCUCGCCUCUUGCGCAAAGUCAGCUGGGUUUGGCUCCAGCUUCUCUGACAGAUAAGCAGUAACAAUAAUGGAUGAAUGGAAGGAUUAAUGGAUGGAUAAUUAAAUAGCUACCUCAUGGACAGCUGUACAUAACAGGAGGACAUAAUCACUAUAUUGAUUUGAAGACAGUAAGACAGUAUUCUUAGGAAUAUCUGUAUUAUUCACUUUACAUCAAUGCUUAUAUUUACAGCAUUUAUCCAGAAUGACUUACAGUAGUUUGUAGUCUCUAUAAAAAACAGUAAUAGGUUAGUUUAGAGUAGUAAUUUUAUUGUUCACGUUGCAAUGCUUUUAGUCAGUGACUCGGCCCUUUAUUUAACGAGAGGAAAUGUCUUCCAUCACUUUGGUGCCAAUAUUAAAAAAAAGUCUUAAAUAUUUGUGUCUUCCUUGUAUUUUGAGGAAUGACGGGUCAAGCUGAGCCAUGCUUCAAGUCAUAUGUUUAAAUUAAAUGUUACUAAGAAGUCUUUUCCAGAUUUAAGAACAAAUACUACUGUAAGGUAACCCAAGGGUGAUUAUUAAAUCACAAUAUUUUGUUUCCUGGUGCGUUCCUCCCAUAAUCCAUGAUUUCUCCACUUUCUAAAAGUAACAUGCUAUACACUACCGUUCAAAAGUUUGGGGUCACUUUGAAAUUUCCUUAUUUUUGAAAGAAAAGCACUGUUCUUUUCAAUGAAGAUCACUUUAAACUAAUCAGAAAUACACUCUAUACAUUGCUAAUGUGGUAAAUGACUAUUCUAGCUGCAAAUGUCUGGUUUUUGGUGCAAUAUCUCCAUAGGUGUAUAGAGGCCCAUUUCCAGCAACUCUCACUCCAGUGUUCUAAUGGUACAAUGUGUUUGCUCAUUGCCUCAGAAGGCUAAUGGAUGAUUAGAAAACCCUUGUACAAUCAUGUUAGCACAGCUGAAAACAGUUGAGCUCUUUAGAGAAGCUAUAAAACUGACCUUCCUUUGAGCAGAUUGAGUUUCUGGAGCAUCACAUUUGUGGGGUCGAUUAAAUGCUCAAAAUGGCCAGAAAAAUGUCUUGACUAUAUUUUCUAUUCAUUUUACAACUUAUGGCGGUAAAUAAAAGUGUGACUUUUCAUGGAAAACACAAAAUUGUCUGGGUGACCCCAAACUUUUGAACGGUAGUGUAUAAUACAAAAACAAACAGAACCUGCCUAAUUACAUAAUUAAAUGAUGUACUGGGUAAUAUUGGCUAUCAGGUCAUGUCACGGCUUUAAAAAUAUUGGUGAAUGGUCAGCAUGUGGGAAUGUAAAUGCUCCAGAUCGUGUUAUGUAUGUACUGAAAUGUAGACAGUGUUGUAUAUAUGGAUGCUCUAUGCUACACAGAAACACCUUGCUAUAUAUAACAUCACUCUGAUCACAUUUUCUUAUUGGCUAAUGUCAAUUCUGAGUUUUCUUUGGAUUUGUAUCAUCAAGAAAAUAAAUCAAUAAAAAAUAUGAUUCCUAUGAAA